CGCACGCAUCCACGCAUCGCAGCUGAGCAAACCUAGCCCGACGACCCACGGGAAGGAGCGCACUCUUAUCCGUACAUUCGCAGCUGUUUUUGGCAGGCGGUCUCCCGUUCCCUAACCUCAAUACCUACCUACUCUGCAAGAGUCUCACGCGCUCAGCUUUCUCUGACUUGCUACAAAGCUGACGCGAUCACAUUGCGAUCAUCUUCUCAUCAGCACGACGGCUGUCUCUCAUUGCGGAUUUUUGACUUCAAUCUCGUCACGGAGCUGGCAUUGAUCUCAAUUUCUGUCACCUGAUCAAACCCACUCUCGGAAUCAACCCGAUUCACAUCUGCGCCGCGCUGAAAAUUCAAUCCGCGCGCAAAGUCUUACGUCCGCCCAACUCUUCACUCGUCCGCCUCUUCUCCUUUGACACAUCACAAUUCCUUUCUUGGUCGCUCACUAUUGUCUUCGCACGCGACAGCCACAAUGGCCGACCCAUCCCGCGACAUCAGUUCCAUCCUCGCGGCCCUAGGCGCCGCACAAAGAGGCACAUCAUCGACGCCGACCCAGGCACAGCCCGGCAUGCCUCCUGGCUACCCUCCUCCCCCCGGCGGUCAGGCGCCCCCCUCAUACCCCCCGAUGCCUCAGCAGAGCGCUCCGCCCUAUGGCGGCGGUGGCGGCUACCCAGGUCUGCCUCAGCCUUCGUCUAGCGGCAGCUUGGAUCUCAGCUCCAUCCGUCCUGUCAACUCUGGCACUGUCAGCAUCGCGGACGCCAUCGCGCAAGCUAAGGCCUUUGCUGCGGAAAAGGGCGUGACCUCGUAUGACCGACCCCUUGUCUACUCCAACGAAGCCCCUCGCGGCCCGGACUCUCGCGGCUACAGCAGGACCUCACGCUCGCGUUCCCCCUCCAACCGUCGCGACCAGUUCCGCGACAACUUCAACCCCUACCGAGACGAGCGCCGAGGCGAUGAUCGUCCUGCUCCGCGAGACUUCAGCCAAGGCCGCGACCGCUCCUACAGCCCCGGUCCCCGCGGCGGCCACACCUUCUCUCCUCGUAACUCGAGCGCUAGAGAGCGAUCCCCUCUCAGAGGCAGCGGUGGCGGCGACGACAACGCCGAGACUAUCCAGAUCGAGUCGAGCCUCGUCGGUCUUAUCAUCGGCCGUCAGGGCGAGAAUCUCCGUCGAAUUGAGUCCGAGUCUAGCUGUCGAGUUCAGUUCCUUCCUUCCAGCGACAACGGCCCCUUCCGCCAAUGCAAGAUCACUGGUCCCAGAGCACGACGCAGUGAAGUCAAGGAGGCCAUCAACCGCAUCAUUGACGACAGCGGCAUGGGCGCCAUCAACCGCGGCGCAGCCAACCCCAAGGGCCCGCCUCCCCGCGAUCAUCGUGCUGGUCCUCCUGGAGGACCUGGAGUCGGUGCCGGAGCUGGUGCCGGAGCUGGUGCUGGAGCGGCAGCUCUGCGAGACGGCGAGGAUUGCAUGCAGAUCAUGGUCCCUGAUAGAACCGUGGGCCUGAUCAUCGGUCGUGGCGGCGAGACCAUUCGCGACCUGCAAGAGCGCUCUGGCUGCCACAUAAACAUUGUUGGGGAAUCCAAGAGCGUCAACGGCCUUCGACCUGUUAACCUGAUCGGCUCUCGCGAGUCGGCUGCCCAGGCCAAGGAUCUGAUCAUGGAGAUUGUCGAUAGCGACAGCCGAAACGAGGGACAGCCCGCCGCUCCUGCCAAGAAGCCCCCGAGGCAAGACGGCGGUCACCAGAGAGACGCUGGCCCUGCAGGCGGCGGCGACAAGGUUCAUGAUGCUAUCUAUGUUCCUUCCGAAGCGGUUGGCAUGAUCAUUGGCAAGGGAGGCGAGACCAUCCGGGACAUGCAGAACGGCACCGGGUGUAAGAUCAACGUUGCUCAGUCUUCUGGCCCUGGCGAGGUCCAGCGAGAGAUUGCUCUGAUCGGCUCGCGCGAUAGCAUUGCCCGAGCCAAGCAGGCGAUCGAGGAGAAGGUGGACGCAGUGCGCCAGAAGAACUCUGGAGGAGGUGGUGGUGGUGGUGGCGGCGGCGGUGGCCGUGGUCGCCAGAACCAGGACUAUGACAGAAGCUACUCUCAGCAGGCAUCUAACCCUCCAGCAUCAGGAUCGACUAAUCAGCCAGCUGCUCAAGCUCCCGCGGGAGCCGACGGCGCCGACCCGUACGCGCAGUACGGAGGAUACCAGAACUACCUCGCCCUCUGGUACCAGUCUCUCGUGUAUCAGCAGCAGCAAGGCGGUGCAGCCGGCCAGCCCGGUUCUCAACCUCCGCCAGGCUCCUCGUAGAGCAAGCCGCAUGCGCUCUUUCCAGUGAGGGCCAUGCUUGUGUGAUGUGAUUGAUCACUUGCCAUGGACCUCGACAUGAUGCCUCUUUUUCGCAUUACGUAUACUGAAGCGCCGCACAUGCACGUUGACUUGGUGGCUCAUGGCAGUGCGCAUUUACGAUUCCUCCGACGACUGAUACCUUCAUCUCGCUGGGCUCGGAACAGCAGAGCGCCAACUUGUUUUUUCUCUUGGACAAAACCGCGCGGACUGGGAGAGGACCGGACAUCAAGGAGGGAGACAAGCUGCCUCUGGUUUCGCUUCGCUGAUUUCCCGAUGCACUGCACUCGACAUUUGACGAUGAUGAUGGCACUCUUCGCUUGCACAUGAUCACGAUCCUUGACUGGCAUGACUGGGACUUGGACACCUGACAUGGAAACGGUGCGUGAUGCCGCUCUGCGACAUUGGCUUACUGCCAAAUCUCCAUGAUACACGCUCUUGAUGAAGGCCAUGAUGGAGCCUCGAGGCAUGUGUCCGUUUGGUCAAGGUACAAGACCUGGACAAGGGUGCUUGAGGAAAUUCGCGACUGUCUCGGCCCACGACAACUGCAACUGCACCUGCAUCGAAACCUGUCUCAACUGAAUCAUUCUGUGGGUUCCGUGGCCAAUGCUCCCUCGAGACAAGCUUGCAUGCAUUGCCCUCAGGUUUCUCUUGCUCUCUCGUAUAGCCCAUUUCUCCUUCAUGGUCUUUGUGGAUAUGAUACCAGGCUGGUUUCUCUUUUCUUCACGCAAAGCUGAUGCUACUGAUUCCCCAUUUUCUUUGCAUUUUUGGUGGAACGACGCUACUUGGGAUGGACGAUAGGCAGGGAAAAGAAAGAAAAAAACAAGAGCGUAUGCUGUAUAAUAGUAAUUUCCAAGUCAAUCAACACUUCUGGUUGCAUGAGUCUCGCUCACAAGAGGCAAUUUGUGCAGCGCCGUC